UCCAUGCGGCGCUGCACCGUUUCGCUUGACGGCAGUGGAGACAACCCAGAAGUGUCAGAUCCAGCACGAAGUCCUCUGCGCUUUUCUUCUCAAACGUAAACAGACAAACGUAGUUUCCUAGAAAAUAACUCGUUUCCAAAGCCUUGUAUGCUCCUGACUCCUGCAGCCGAGCCGAGGCGGGACAUGGCGGCCCCGGGCCCGUGAGCAGCAGCUCCCUACCCCGCUGCUAGGCUCUCUCCGCCGGGGCGGAGCCUCCAUGUGACGGGCUGACCUGAGAGCACGCUGGGGGCCGACCGGGGACCGCUGUCUGCUCCCAACAUGUGGCUGCAGCAGCGGCUGAAGGGGCUGCCGGGGCUGCUGUCCAGCAGCUGGGCCCGCAGGCUGCUGCUCGGGCUGCUGCUGCUGCUCAUCUUCUACUGGUACCUGGGCUCCGACCGCCGCUGGAGGCUGCUGGGCGGCCCCGGGGCCCCCAGCGGGGCGGCCGGGCAGUGCCUGCUGGCCGAGAUGCACCGCUGGAGGUCCAUCGUGGAGCGGGGCGAGGGGGUGUACAGCACCCCCGAGCAGGACCCGCUGGACAUGCCCUUCGUGUCGGGGAACGGACACAUCCUGAUGGACGUGGAGCAGAACCGGCUGUGGGUCGCCUCGUCCUCGCAGCCGGGCUCGGCCCCGGUGCACCAGACGGAGUACUCGCCCAGGGUCAGCAUCCAGCUGGAGGAGCGGCGGGCCGAGGCCCAGGCCAGGAUGCUGUGGUUCAGGAAGGGCUCCGUGCUGUCGGUGCGCUGCGUCUCCCACUCCUCCCGGGACUGUGUCACCGUCCGGGAGGAGUUCAUGGCCCACAGGAGCCGGGCCAACGUGCUCCUGCAGCGGGUCCACAUCAACAACCCCUCGGACAGAGACGUGGCCCUGGACGUCUCCACCGGCAGCUCCUCCUUCGGCACCAAGUUCUCCAGCAGCGUGGAGAAGGUGGACGAUCGGGAGAUCACGCUGUCCUCGGGCCGGGUGCAGGUGGAGAACGGCCGGAUGGUGCUGGUGGUGGUGGUCACCAAGAAACUGAGCCCCAGGAUCCAGGUCCCUGCCAAGUCUGACUACAAAGACAACAUCCUGUCAGUGGUGUGGACGUCAGAUCCCAUCGAGUCCUCCAAACUGGAGGAGACCUUCAUCACACUGAGAGAUGGAGCCAAGAAGGAGCUGGAGGAGCUGCUGAGGGUUUCCGUGGAGGAUCUGGUGACGGAUCACCAGCAGGCCUGGGCCGACCUCUUCAUUUCAGGUGUUGAAAUGAGGAGGAUCACAGACUCCCACACGCCAUCCAGCCGCACAGUGAACACCACCCUGUACUACAUCCUGUCCUCCUCCACGGCUCCCCUGCUGGACCGGAGGCUGAGCGGCGAGGAGCGUGCACGCCUGGAGUCCAGUCUCAACUACGCUGACCACUGCUUCAGCGGCCACGCCACCAUGCACGCAGAGAACCUGUGGCCCGAGAGGGUGAGCAGCACGGCUCAGAUCCUGCAGCUGGUCACGUUAUGGACGCUGACUCUGCAGAAGAGGGGCUGCAAGGUGCUGGUGGCGGCCGGGGCCCACGGGGCCAUGCAGGGCAUGGUGCUCAGCUUCGGAGGCCUCCAGUUCACAGAGAACCACCUGCAGUUCCAGGCGGAUCCAGAUGUUCUGCACAACAGCUACGCCCUGAGAGGAAUCCACUACAACCAGGACCUCAUAAAUCUGGCGGUGCUGCUGGACGCGGAGGGGAAGCCGUUCCUGCACGUGUCGGUGAAGCAGCAGGAGAAGCCGGUGAAGCUGUACGCCUGCGAGGCGGGCUGCCUCAACGAGCCCGUGGAGCUGACCUCGGAGAUCAAGGGCCACACCUUCCCCGUCAUGGUGACCCAGCCCAUCACGCCGCUGCUCUACAUCUCCACAGACCUGCGGCACCUGCAGGACCUCCGCCACACGCUGCACCUCAAGGCCAUCCUGGCCCACGAGGAGCACAUGGCCAACAGGUACCCGGGCCUGCCCUUCAUCUUCUGGUUCAGCGUGGCCUCGCUCAUCACGCUCUUCCACCUCUUCCUCUUCAAGCUCAUAUACAACGAGUACUGCGGCCCCGGCGCGAAGCCCCUCUUCAGGAGCAAGGUUGCCAGCAAACGCGAGGAUGACACCUUGGAUGCUGUGUGAACUCAGCUUCAGCGUUUUUCUUGAGCGUAGAGGAGCUGUUCACCUGCUGGUGCUGAACGUUUUGCAAGACUAACCACUGACUAAUACGCCAGCAACAAUCAUGUCAUAAUUCCUCGUCUGCAUUCUUCUGUGUUUUCAGUUUUUACAGCUAAAUGUGAACAGCUGUUGGUCCCGGUGUAGUGCUGCGUUCACUCACCUGUGGGAUAUUAAAGUUUUCAACUUCUUAGUGGAAACCAUCAAGAAAGCUAAUUAGAAGUCAGACUUCCUGAUCAGGAUAUAACAUGUUGAAUAAACUACUAGGGCAUCAUUAGUCACUUUCCUUGGUAGACUAAGUGGACUAAAUUAACUGUAUAAACAAUAGUUUCAACUUGCUUUUAAUGUCGUGAGUGCUUCAUGGCGUGAAGCGAGGAGAGCUUCCUGAAUACGGACUCGUUUAUAUUAUUCUGAGGUUUUACUUUCGAGUCAUUUCAGGCACCAGACAAAAUAUUUCUCCUUUCAAACCCAACACAAAGGGCCACCGUGUUUACUUAGCUGCUUAUCGUCUUAAUUUAAAAUACAAUUACUACUAACGCCAUAAUUUGUAAGUUAUCUUAUUGAAAUGGAUUCUCUUUUGCCCAAAUCUAAAGAUGUUGAUUAUAAUAUAGAAUAUAUACGAUAUAGAUUCAUGAUCCAUUUUAUUUCCAUAUGUAAAUAUUGGAUUAUAAAUUUAUACAAUUUACACGUAUGUGAUGUUAGCAGCCCCCAACAACUAUUUGACAGUUUCUUACUCUGAAGAAAAAUGUAACCACUGAAUGAUUUAAAAUAUAUAAAUAUAUAUAUAUAUAAUAAUAAUGAUGAUAUAUUAUAAUCACACUCUUAAGUUUUGCAGGGGGCGUGUCCAGUGAGGAGGCUGAUUGACAGCUCUCACAGCAAACAGAACUGAGUUGACCAAACUAAACAGUUUCAGACACAAAGCGGCUCAUUGUCGUCGUCAGGCCUGCUGCCCCUGCAGGGGCCGGGGGGAUGGGAGGCCCCUGACCUGAUUAAUACGUUUCUUCCUAAUCAAACCAUCCUGAUGGACACAUAAAUAAGGAACCCACAUUGUCUGGUAAACAGCGGUGUCCAGCAGCGAUGCAUUUAGGCGACGGGGUCAGUUCAGGGUGAUGACUGGACUUGGUGUGUGACAUCAGAGCAGGUGUCGGGUCGUCUUAGAUCUGUGCUGCAUCAUAAGAGAAGUGUGAAGCACUUCAGCCCCAUUCCCUGAAGGUUCCUCGAGCCUGUGUUGGCUCUCUCCUCAUGUCCAUCCCCUACGUGUCUUAAAUUACAUCAUACAACAUAAAUGUUGUCAAACUUAACUGUUUUUCUGAACUCUCACUGCACAUUAACUGAGUUGAUGGUCACGGUAACCUGAAAGAACCAAACCUCUGGAAAUAGUCACCAGUUUAGAGUGUGAUUUCAGGUGGAUCCUCCGAUACGCGGCCAGGUGAGACUGGGCUGGUGAAGUUAGAGGGGGAACAGGAGGUUCCUCGCUGUGCUGGCCAUGCAAACAGGCUGCACGUUUUCACUUAGAGUUGAUGAUGGGAUGCAGGUCAAAACCAAUGUUCUCGGGGUGGUAAUUGGGCUUGUUUUAGUCGUCGUUCAUUCCUGUUUCUGGCCGAGGAUGUUUUUGUUUUUUCCUUUUUCGUUGCAGAUAAAGUGGCGACGCUGCAUCCAGCUCUCGCUGGUUCAAACAUCCAAACACGCCAGUGUGUAGUUCCUAGUAGGGUUUUUUUAGCUGCCAGCGUAUUGAUUCCCAUCAGCGGAUCACACAUCACGGGUCCAGUGUGCAUUUACUCAACCUUUAAUACCCCCCUGCCGUGUAAAUAAAUCCGUGGUGCAGAUGACCCCGUCAUCCGCUUAUUGAUUCGUGGUGUUUCAGCAUGUUUGAGAGCAGAUUAGACUAUUCAUUUCUGUUUUUCUUUUCUUACUUUAAUGUGAACUACUGAGUGUGCCUUAAUGAAGAAAGUAGGUAAUUUAUUGAGUUUGUGGCUAAACAUUUGCAAUAAUAUCCAUUGAUUUGUGUUUGAAUGCUUUGUGGUCUUCCAUUAAUGAAGCAAAAAAAGUUUGAUCUUUGUCUUACUUUGGGGAGAAUAAAUAAAUCACUAAAUUAUU